GUCAACGCCAGCUGCAGGGACAAGGACCUCGCCCACUUCGAGGCACACAUGGAGGUCUUCAACAAGAAGGGCGGAUAUGUCAAGUGGCACAUCCACGAUGAGCGCACGCUGCUCGCAUUGCAGGAGCAGGACCUCGAUGGAAAUAAGGUUGUCAAAGAAGUGAUUUUUGGCCCAGGGGAGAAAACGUAUCGUUACUGCAAGCACAUCUCAAAGCAACGCCUCCCAAACCUGUCUAGCGACCUAAUGAAGAAGGGAAAACAUUUCAUAUCGAUACGCAGCCCUCUAAAUGUACUGGUAUCUGUCACUUUUUUUGUCUAGCAUCACAUGCAGCUUGUCGUAUUCUUCGGUUGCACAAUUUCUAUUUUUUGUAGCACAUCCGCAGAAAGGAAACCCAUUAUGCUUUCCAAAUUAUUUUGCUUUAGCAGAGUUUGCAUAUUUUAUAGUGUACCUAAUACCUCCUGGCUACCACUAAUAGCACUUGAUUCCAUAAACCCAGCCAUCUUUAGAUAAAGUCAUUUCACCAUCCUUCUUGGAGCUUGGUAUAGGCGAACUUGUCUCAAUAUACAGUGAAUUAUGUGAAAUUGGGAAGGCACCUCCUGUGAUAGAUGCAGAUGACCUGCAACAAGAACCUGAGGUAAAUCUAUAAUUAGUUAAUGCAUUCAGUUUAUCAUAGUGACAAUUAUCCAUCUUAUGAAUGUAGUCUAAGAAUAAUAGAUACCAUCUUCCAUGAUGUGGUGUAGCAAGCUUCUUUGAAGGGCAUGACAUUUUAGUUGCUCCAUUAAAUCCUCAGCUUUUAUGCUUUACUAAAGAUUAUGUAUUUAGAUCCACUGACAAUUGGAUUGUGAAGUAAGCAGUGAGGUGUAGUAGAUUGCAUGCUGAUAGGAGCCCCUUUAACCAUGGUGACCAAUAAUUUAAUGUUCCUUUAGGGUGCUUGCAUUCUUCUGAAACAGAUUUAAUGUUUCAGUUAUC